GCGUCACGUAAAACAGGAGAUUCCAACAUGGCGUCUUUAAUAACAAACGUACCGCUGCUGUUUUGUUUAUGUUCAUUUUCUAUGCAAAUCAGCGGCUCCAGACUUUUCUCUGAGCCUUGUUAUAAACCCAUCAGAGGCGACAGACCACACUCUGUUCAGACAAAGGCCCGCCCACAUGAGUACGUGAAGGUGUCGGACCUUCCUCCGUCCUGGGACUGGAGGAACAUCAGGGGGAAGAAUUAUGUGAGCAUCACCAGGAAUCAGCACAUCCCCCAGUACUGCGGGUCCUGCUGGGCCAUGGGAGCCACCAGUGCACUAGCUGACCGUAUCAACAUCAAGCGCGGGGGAGUGUGGCCGUCGGCCUACCUGUCAGUCCAGAACGUGAUAGACUGUGGGCAGGCGGGCUCUUGUUACGGAGGAGAUCACCUGAGAGUUUACGCCUACGCACACAAGAGAGGCAUUCCUGAUGAAACCUGCAACAACUACCAAGCCAAAAACCAAAAGUGUGAGCAGUUCAACCAGUGUGGCACCUGCUCCUUGUUUGAGUCGUGUGCUGUGGUGAAGAACUACACGAUAUGGAAAGUCGGCGACUACGGAGAAGUUUCUGGAAGAGACAAGAUGAAAGCUGAAAUUUACACCAACGGGCCCAUCAGCUGUGCCCUGAUGGCCACCGGCGGCCUGGAGGAAUAUUCUGGAGGGAUCUUCUCAGAGUUUCACCCGCUGUCUUUGCCCAAUCACAUUAUCUCUGUGGCUGGUUGGGGCGUGGCGGAGGACGGCGCCGAGUACUGGAUUGUCAGGAACUCCUGGGGAGAGUUUUGGGGAGAGCACGGCUGGGCAAGAAUAGUCACCAGUGCCUAUAAAGGAGGAAAAGGCAAUUGGUUCAACCUAGGUAUCGAGAAGCACUGUGCAUAUGGAGACCCUGUUUUAACUCAGGGGCUGAAUUAAACUGAAGAAAACUGAAAUACUCUUGUUUUUGUCACGAUUCUCUUUUUGUUUUUAAAUAACAGUUGAUAGUUUUCAUCAUUUGGAAAGUUAAAGGAAUAGUUCAACAUUUUAAGAAAUACAUGUAUUUGUUUUUUUUAGUUGAACAAUGGCGAUUAUUUGUUAUAGUUAUGAAGUUUUUGCACAGGAGCAGUAACUUCCUGGAGUCUCUCAGCUGGUUGCCGGGCAACUGGUUCAGGAAGCAGCUUUGCUCAACACUCCCAGUAAAACCACAACGUGUCAUUUUAACAUUUUGCUAUUUAUGCUUACACAUUAGAGCUAAUGUGUUAAUUAGUAGUUACCUGCAGACAGAGCAACGCUAGCAGUUUCCCCCUGUUUCCAGUCUUUAUGCUAAGCUAAGCUAACCGGCUGCUGGCUGUAGCUUCGUGUUUCGACACGAGAGAAAACUUGUUAUUAUUAUUUUUGUUAAACUACUGUAAAUGAAAUUUUGGAGUUAUCCACAAUAUGAAUAAAAAGCAACCUGGACAGAUGA